GGUCGAUAACCUGAGCGAAGCAGUAAGCGAGAUCCACGCGAUGGUGUCGUGCAGUAAGCCGCUGCUGACGUGGACGGUGCUGGACGCCGCUCAGCAGUGCCGCGAGGCGUGCGGUGGCCAUGGCUUUCUAAAGUGCGCAAACCUAGGCGACAUCAGAAGCAACCACGAGCCGACAGUGACGUACGAGGGAGACAACAACGUGCUAUCUCAGCAGACCGGCAACUGGUUGCUACGUCAGUACGAGGCGGCGCUGGCUGGUUCAGCGGUCGACUCCCCGAUAGGGACGGUCACCUUCUUAGCAGACUAUAGGAGGAUAAUGCAGAGUACGUUUAUGUGUACGGAGACGAGCCAGCUGAAGACUACUGAAUUCAUAAUAAACACAUACAAAUGGCUGAUAUGCUGGCUGCUCAAAGAGACACAUGAAAAAUAUGAGUCUGAAAUAGCUAGCGGCCUAUCCAAGUUUCAAGCCAGGACCAAAUCACAAGUGUACCGUUGGAAGUGUCUGACGCGAGUGUACGCGGAGUACCUAUCUAUCAUCUUCUCUCUGGAAUCCAUAGAGAAGAAAGAGAAAGAGCUACAGCCAGUGAUGUAUAAGCUGUUUUACUUAUACGGGCUGUGGUCGCUAGAUAAACAUUUGGUAGAGAUGUACCAAGGGGGUUACGCGAGCGGGGAAGCCCCUACGAGGUUGAUACGGGCGGCCAUCUUGGAAUUAUGUUCGGAUGUCAAAGGAGAAGUCGUGAGCGUGGUGGAUGCGCUUGCGCCGACGGAUUUCGUGCUGAAUUCCGUGCUCGGGAAGAGCGAUGGCAAUCUAUACCAAAACAUUGAGCAUGCCCUAUUCAACGCGCCCGGUACCAUCGGCCGCGCGAAAUGGUGGAGGCAGGCCAUCACCAAGAUGUCGUCUAAGCUGUGAAAAUACAAGGUCUUCUUGAAGAGGUAUUAUCUGUAGUUAUUGUAUAUUGUUUUAGGACGUUGUUGAACAUUUAUACAGGAUUAAGGGUUGCCAUGGUAAAUCCAUAUUAUGAGCGAUUGGGUCAAGAUAACUUUUUAAUCAUGGUACAACUAUACAGUGUGUAAAAAAUAGUACUUACGUAUUUUCGAAUCUAUCCCUCUCAUUCAAAUCAUAGGCAAUGGGACUAUCAAUCAAUCAGUGAUAUUGAGUUGAUUCCGGGGGAAAGGUAAAAUUAAAUUAAAUUUUUAUUUGGAGAAGGUAAAAAGGUGACAGUUUAGGUGUAAAGUAGUCUGUCACAGGCAAAAGUAUUUUUCUUUCUUUUCUCACUUUCAAUGAUAGAUUGAUCCGAAGAUACGGAAGCGACAACGCAGGAAGACAAAAGAUGCUUUUUGAAACUGUCAUGAAAGUCAAUAUCGUAGUAUAUCUUGUUCAUAAUAAUGAUUGUAACUUUCCAAACAACCUGUAUAUAUUAUUUCGGUUAACUUCAGACUUCCAAGUGACAUAUUUUUAGGCUUGCAUUCUGAAACUGAGCCCAACUGUGAUUAGUUCAUUUUUUAUUAUGAGCGUUGUUUCAGAAUGUAGGUCUUGAUAAUUUCUUUUGCUGUGGCCAAUGGCCACAGAUCACUAAACCAUAGUUCAAUCUACCCUCCGUGGCAUUAAUCGUUGUAAUUAUAUAAAUCAAUUGUUAUAUCUCCAGAAAGUUAUUUUAAUUUAAGCAUUCUUUAGGUGUCGGUGACAUCGUCUGUUUACAAAACAAAUGUCAACUCUAAUGUCUUACUGUUUAUAUUCAAUUCAGUUUGGCACAGUUCAAGUGGACUGCAACUAAAGUUUUUAAUAAAAGCUGUUUUAAAUCCAGUUUUCCUUGCAGGUCCUAAUAUGAAGACUAAAAAGCACAAUAUGUUUUUUUCUUGGUCUGAUAUGGCACAAAGAAAAGUUGUUGUCAAUGUCUGAUAUUUUAGAUUUCGAUUUAUUUCACAAAAUAAUGCUCGCAUUGAGUUGACUUAGUUCAUCCGACUUUUACAUGUUAUUAGUAAGCGCUCUCACUUAUAGAUUUUAGCUUUGUGUAUAAUAAUAACUAUUUAAGAUGAGUUCUUAGAUUAUUUGUUGACAGUUAUUGUUAUACAGGGUGUUAGGUAAAUGGGUAUGAAAUUGAAAUUUAUUUUGUAUGAAAAAAAAAUGAUGAUAUCAAAUUUCUAACUUCACCAUACCAUUUAUAUGACCAUGUUAACAUGGGCUAGUGUCGGCUCAUAUACCCAUUUACCUAACACCCUGUAUAGGUGUAGGCAACAUUUUACUUGGGAUUUAAUUGUGGAGAUUUUAAUAGGAAGUUUCUAAUGUCACUGCACACACUAUUAUGUUUUCUUAUUUCAUUUUAUAUAUCGGAUUGAAAUUAAAUAAUAACUUUUUACUGGAUUGAUAUGAAAAUAUAAGCAUAUUUGACAUAAGAAGUUCUGCAAUUUUAGUUUUAAUGUUUACGUUAAUAUUGAUGUUAUAAAAUUGGAAUCUUAACAAUAUUAUUAAGAAUGUUGAUAAUUAACCCUAUUUAUCCUUAUGACCUUUGAAGUCAGUAAAUAAUAAGCUUUGUGCAUUUACCUGCAUUUAUUUGCGAUCCAAAGUUACUACAAGUCCAACAGAAAUGAAAUAAAUGCCAAAUAUGAGUCAUAUAUGCCAUACUUUGAUUUCAUAUAUAGCCUGACCAGGAACAUAAAAACCCUCGCCAUGUUGCGGAAAACUAAUGGUACUAAUUUCUUUUAAUGG